CUCGUAGUAUUUGAUUGAUGAUUGCGUUCUCAUUGGUUAAUUUCGUGGUCUUGUUCUAAUAAAUUAAUUGUAGUCUAAGUGUUGGUAUUGAUUAGAAGUAUAUUUGCCGGUACGACCAGAAUUUUGUUGACCACCUGCUGUUUGUGUGUACGAACAUCUCCAAAAUAAAUUUUACAACUCUAAAUAUAGAAUUUUUGCUCUCUAAAAAGAAAUUCCAAAACUUUAAAUUUGAAAUUUUGAGGAAUAAAACUUCAAAUAUGAAAUUUCACAAUUCAAAACUUUCAUCUAUUUAUUUGUAUUUUGAUCUUUACAAUUACAAAUCACAUCUAUAAUUCUUAAAUUAGAUACAGACCCGCGCUAUGCGCAGAUUUUGUUUUACAAAAUCUUCAUUAAAAUUAUUCAAAUUAUAUUAUACGAUACAAAUUUGUUGUUUUUUAUUUUUUGUUAUAUAAUAUGUGGAUAUAUAUUGGACAUCUCUAGAUGCAAGGAAGUAUUUGUAUUAUUUGUCCAUGAUGGUUUUCAGUAAUUUUUGUUUCAUUUGUAGAUGAUUUUACAUAUACUAGCAUUGCCCCAUGCCACGCAUGUCGGAUAUUUUUUCUAUUAUAUAUACUAGCAUUUACCGUUAUUCAUUUUUAGCACCAGAAAAUUGACAUUUUUAAAAAUAAAAACCAUUAAGUGUUAAAAGACUCUUGUAUCUUUGUUAUCUAUAUAUAUAUAAUAAGUAACUAUUUAAAUAAAUAAAAAAUAAAAUGAAAUAUUUCUUUUAUGUUUUGAAUUACACUUUUCCAAAUUUGAUUUAUUUAACAAAUUUCUUAUUUAUUAUUUUUGUUUUCGAAUUUGUUUUUUCAAAAUUUCUUUUUGAAAAUCGAAAAUUAUGUUUGAAACUAUUUUAAAAAAAAUUAAGUAUUUAUUUAUAUAUUUAUUAGAAUUCUAAAUUUCACAUUUCAAAAACUCUCUCUCACCCCUCAGCUCUAAACCCUAGGUCUAAAUUAGUAAUCCUAGGACUAUAAAUAUAUUUUACCUUUCACUAAAGUAAGGGUAAAAGUGGUUAGUUUAAACAUGAAAAAUGGUACUAUGAAUAUAGUAUUUGUGGCAGUUUCUCGAAAAUAAAUCGCUCUCAAAUAAUAUCUAGGAGAUUAUAUAGAAAAAUUUAAUUGGUCAAGUGACUUGUGAUUUAACAUAUAAAGGAUAAAUAUUUUUUUAUUAACUUAACUUAAGUUGACUGGUUACAAAAAAAAUAAGUUAAUGAAAAAUUUAAGUUAUUUUUAUAACACAAAAAAUUUAAGUUACUAGACCUUUGGUUUUAGUAGUUUUUGGUUUUAAAUUUUAGUUUUUUGAUUGUUAUGUCGGUCUUUUUAUUUUUAUUUUUUAUUUUGAUUUUGAGUUUUUUUUAGUUUUUCAUUUUUGGAUUUUUUUGUUGGUUUUAUUUUUCUUUAAUUUCUAGUUUGAAAAAAAUAACUGAUAAUUUAUUUAAUAUAACACAACAAAAACACCAAUAAAAUAUUUAGAAGUUAAGUUAUCAAAAUUGUGAUUGUUAUUUAAAAAUAAAAGAUACAUUAACUUGUUUGUUGUAAAAUUUAUUAUUUUUUAAAAAGUUACACUACACUAAACUAUAAAUCAUUAAAUGUCUAUACAUUAUACACAAUAAAAUUUUGAAAACUAAUUAUAAAUUUAUUUUCAUAAUUUUGUAAACUUGAAUGACAAUCUACCUUUAAAAAAACUGAUAUAAUAUAUUGUAUUAAUAAAACAUUUAUGUUUAUUUAUUUAUUUUGUUGUUGUUUUAUGUGUCUAAAAAUUAUUUAAGUAAUUAAUAAUUAUUUUUGUAGAAAUUAAUAAGUGACUUUUUAUUACUAGUAAUAUAUAUAAGUAACUAAAUUUAUUUUACAGAACUAAAACAAAUUAUUUCACAUUAUUGUUAAAAUGAUAUCUUCUAUACAGAAAUUACUACGAGAUGUUCUUAUAUCUAUUAAUUAAUUAGAAUGUAGUAAUUUCUUCCCAAAAAAACUCUAUGUGAGUUCUUAUAUUUAUUUAUCAAUUAAAUUUAUUUUCAUUAAAAAUCUACAAAAAGUUGGGGUUUUUUUUUCAUUAAUUGAUCAAAUUUUUUGUUUUGAUUGGUGACCUUAGACCACCAUUAUCCCUGAUCCUUAAGGGGGUUUUUAAGUUAAAUAAGUGAUUUAAUUAAAUGAAAACAAAAGAAAAGAGAUAUAACCGAUCCUUAAAUAGGUAUUUUGGUGAUCGAUUAUUAGAGGGGUUAUACACCCACGUGUCAGCAAACAAGCGGAACUUUUUUUUCUUCUAUUUUCUAUUUUCUUUUCUUUCUCUCCUCUUCUCUCGUGUUCUCUCAUCUUCUCUUCGUGGAGACGACGAUUGCUUUGACAAUCAUCCGAUUUACCCUUCGCCGUCGGUACGGAUUCGAGCGGUGAGCUGUUUAGCGAAGCGAACUGGGCUUCGGAUGUGAGUAAGGCACGGAGAUCGCGGCAAGAGCGACGGGAUUCCGGCGGAGAGAAGGAGGCUUCCGGGGUUGGGGUAGACCUGAUGGGGAACAAAUCUGGAUACGGAAGUGAGCCUGCGUACAGAGGAGAUGUUGAGUUUGGUUAUGGUGAUGAGUACGAUGAUGAAGAAGAAGACGUGAAGCUAUUGUUUUGGGGAGGUAUGGAGUAUGGAAUGAAUGAGGAUAGCUUAAGAGAAGCUUUCAGAAAAUACGGUGAUGUCGUUGAAAGUAAAAACACUGGUCGAGGGGGUUUGGGUUUGUUACAUUCACCUCUGCCGAGGCGGCCUCUAGUGCUAUCCAAGACUAUGGAAUCAGACGAGUUCAAGGCUUCCUCUAAGCUAGAGACAGUCACUUUCUCCGAGAUGAAACAAGAAGAAAUUGAGGCUUUAGUUGAGUUCAUGUACUGCGUUGUUGGCUCUAUUAGUCUUGAAAGUCUCAAGAAACACGUAGGAUAACUCCACUACUCUUAACUUGAUUCUAUUUUCAUUCUUAUCUCUUGUUGUUUUGUGUCACGGACAAAAGCUCAGUGUAAUGUGGUCAGUGUAAUGUGGUCAUUGUAAUGUUGUCUUGUUAUUUUGUGUCACGGAGCUCAUUGUAAUGAAAAAAUACUAUCUUGUAAUGUGUCACAAACUUGUAUAAAUAAGCUUUUGUUCUUUCUUCUCA